AUGGAUUCUUCUUCUUCUUUCAGUCCUUAUAUUCUUUUAUUUAACGCGCUCUCUCAAAUACCAACUUGGCACUAUUUGGUAGCUCUCUUGAUCAUCUCCAUUACUUUUCUAUACAAUUUCUUGGAGAUUCAUUUCUUUGAAGAUGCUUUCUUUAAAUUUCAAGGCACUCCUAUCACUUACAACCCCUCUUCUCCAAUUUGUAAUGCCAUUCUUUCCAAUUGUAAAAUUCUCCACUCUAGGUUUGUAGCCACGCCAUGGCUAUCAAGUCCUCAUCUGCAGACUUCGUUUAUGCAAUUUUUUGGGAGGUCUCCGAUUUUUAGCUAUAGAAGACUGCUUCAGCUUCAUGAUUGGCAAAUGUUUUAUACUUCCGAUGGUGGAACCAUAGCUUUGGAUUGGCUGAUGAAGUCUGAUGGUACGUACACAGCUUUGGACAUUAAUAAAUCUCUGGUUUCUGGAGGUGCUUUUCACAUAAAUGGUGCAUUUCUUCCCAUGAAUAAUGCUAUUUCUCAAGAUGAAACUACUCCUACUGUGGUUGUGGUUCCUGGCUUAGCAAGCGACUCUACUUCUAAUCAGUUUCUGCAAUGUGCAUGGAAACUUGCUGCUGUUGCUGGUCGCUCCAGCACAAAUGAAUCAAACAACUGGACUUCAUCCAAAAAUAAUUAUCUAAAGAAUCUUGCCUUCAACAUGGCCAAACAUGGGUGGAAUGUUGUUGUUUGCAACCACCGAGGACUUGGAGGUGUUUCAAUUACUUCUGAUUGCUUUUACAAUGCUGGAUGGACAGAAGAUUUACGGGCAGUCAUUAAAUAUCUUCACAAUGAGUACCCCAAGGCUCCUUUAUUUGCAAUUGGAACUAGCAUUGGAGCCAAUAUUUUGGUGAAAUAUCUUGGGGAGGAUGGAGCGAGGACGCCUGUUGCAGGGGCUGCAGCUGUUUGCAAUCCAUGGGAUCUUUUGAUUGGAGACAGAUUUAUAUGCCGCAGGCUGUUACAGAGAAUCUAUGACAGAGCUCUUACAAUUGGCCUUCAAGGUUAUGCACAAUUGUAUAUUCCAAAUGAUCUGUGCAGACACGAGCCUCUCUAUACUCGGCUUGCUAAUUGGGAAGGCAUUAAAAAGACUGUGGAUACGUACUAUAGGAGGUGUAGCAGUGCAGCUUAUGUUGGGAAUGUAUCUGUGCCACUACUCUGCAUUAGUGCUCUGGAUGAUCCACUCUGCACUAGGGAAGCCAUUCCUUGGGAUGAAUGCAGAGGAAACCCAAAUAUUGUGUUGGCUACACCACAGCAUGGAGGACAUCUAGCAUUCUUUGAAGGAUUAACUGCAACCAGUUUUUGGUGGAUAAGGGCUGUAGAUGAAUUUCUUGGUGUUCUACGCUCUAGUCGAUACAUGCAUGUACAAAAGAAGCAGACUUCUGGCCAGCGUUCAGUGCUGGAUUCUGCAAUUGAUCAGCAUCCACACUUACAUGUUUCUGUAGAUGGAAUAGUAACUCCAGCGGGCAGUGAGGAAAAAAGAGAUGAAAUCGAAGGCACAAAAAAACUGCAGAUGCUUAGUGAAGAAAAGACUAAUGAGAUGCUUUCAAAUGCAGAACAUGAUCAGCUCUUUACAGAAGCAACGUCUGAUUUCAUGUCCAAGACUGCUCAAACCUCAGAAGAAGCUAUAAACAUCCAGGAUGCUAAAUCUCCUGAAAAAGCUUCAAACAUCCAGGAUCAGGAUGCUAAAUCUCCUGAUAUAACUGUUCCUGUUAGAAGAUUCCUAAAUCAGAUUUCACAACAGAAAAGCAUAUCAAUGUGGUUGCUUGCUUUCCUUGCCAUCAAAACAAGUUGGCCCCUAGUAAGAUCAGCCUUUAAUUUCAUUUUUAGAAAGAGGUCCAGAAAGUUCAUGCCUGCAGCUUAG